AUGGCUAUUCCAGCAAUCUCCAUUGCUUCUCUUCUUUUCUUGUUCUUCAAUUUGUGCCUUCGAGGCAUCUAUGGUGACUAUGGAGGGUGGGAAAGUGCUCAUGCUACUUUCUAUGGUGGGGGAGAUGCAUCCGGGACAAUGGGGGGUGCAUGUGGGUAUGGCAAUUUGUACAGCCAAGGCUAUGGGACCAACACUGCAGCACUAAGCACUGCUUUAUUCAACAAUGGCUUGAGCUGUGGAUCGUGCUAUGAGAUGAAGUGUAAUGAUGACCCGAAAUGGUGUCUCCCGGGCACCAUUACUGUCACUGCCACAAACUUCUGCCCUCCAAACCCUGCCCAGCCAAGUGACAAUGGUGGCUGGUGCAAUCCACCCCGCCAGCACUUUGACAUGGCUGAGCCUGCGUUCCUGCAAAUUGCUCAAUACCGAGCUGGAAUUGUUCCUGUUUCCUUUCGAAGGGUGCCCUGUGUGAAGAAAGGAGGAAUAAGGUUUACAAUCAAUGGUCACUCCUAUUUCAACUUGGUCCUGAUCACCAAUGUCGGCGGUGCAGGGGAUGUUCAUUCAGUGUCCAUCAAGGGGUCUAAAACAGGGUGGCAACCCAUGUCAAGGAACUGGGGCCAAAACUGGCAGAGCAAUUCGUACCUCAAUGGCCAGUCUCUCUCUUUUCAGGUCACCACCAGUGAUGGAAGGACUGUAACCAGCAACAACGUCGUCCCGGCCAAUUGGCAGUUUGGGCAAACAUUCUCUGGGGGUCAAUUUUAA